AUGUCUGGUGCAUCUGAUUUUCUAAGUAAAGGAAUCGAUUUGGUUCAAAAGGCUAUAGAUGCAGACACGGCAACUAGAUAUGAAGAAGCAUACAAGCUAUAUUAUAAUGGACUUGACUAUCUCAUGUUGGCGAUAAAAUACGAGAAGAAUCCCAAAUCGAAGGAACUAGUGAAAUCGAAAUUUACCGAGUAUCUCACACGAGCAGAGCAGUUAAAGGAUCACCUUGAGAAACAGCUGAACAAGUCCAAUUUUGCCGAAAAUUCAUCAAAUGGGUCUACAAAGGCCAAAAAAUCUGGAAGCGGGGGAGACGAUGACGACGAUGCAGAUACUAAAAAAUUGAGAGGUGCACUUGCCGGCGCUAUUCUUUCAGAAAAACCCAAUGUCAGUUGGUCCGAUAUAGCUGGUUUAGAUUUGGCCAAGGAGGCGUUGAAAGAAGCAGUUAUUUUACCGGUAAAAUUUCCUCAGUUGUUUGUUGGGAAUAGAAAACCAACAUCGGGGAUAUUGCUUUACGGUCCCCCAGGUACCGGUAAGUCUUAUUUGGCAAAGGCGGUUGCAACGGAGGCAAACUCUACAUUUUUCAGUGUUUCUUCUUCGGAUUUGGUCUCCAAGUGGAUGGGUGAGUCUGAAAGGUUAGUAAAGCAACUAUUCACCAUGGCAAGAGAAAGUAAGCCAUCUAUCAUAUUUAUUGACGAAGUGGAUGCACUAUGUGGACCAAGAGGAGAAGGGGAAAGUGAAGCAUCAAGAAGAAUAAAAACUGAAUUAUUGGUUCAAAUGAAUGGUGUAGGCAAUGACUCUCAGGGGGUUUUAGUCUUGGGCGCAACAAAUAUACCGUGGCAACUAGAUGCUGCUAUUAGAAGGAGAUUUGAAAGAAGAAUUUAUAUUCCAUUGCCUGAUGUAGAAGCUAGAUCAAGAAUGUUUGAAAUAAAUAUCGGAGAAGUCCCUUGUGAGUGCACGACUCAUGAUUUGAGAACAUUGGCAGAAUUAACAGAUGGUUACUCGGGUCAUGACAUUGCUGUUGUUGUUCGAGAUGCCUUGAUGCAGCCAAUAAGAAAGAUACAACAGGCCACACAUUUCAAAUUGGUUACAGAUGAUGAUGAUGAUGGGAAAGAAAAGUAUACUCCGUGCUCUCCUGGUGACCAGGGUGCUAAAGAAAUGAGCUGGAUGGAUAUUGGUACUGAUGAGUUGAAAGAGCCACCAUUGACAAUGAAGGAUUUUAUUAAGUCUAUAAAGAGUAAUAGGCCUACAGUCAAUCAAGCAGAUAUUGCCAACCAUAUCAAGUUUACCGACGACUUUGGUCAAGAAGGAAACUAA